UCGACCACAACUGCUUAACUUCCCAAGCUAACUUGUCAUAUCUUGUGGCCAACCUUGAUAUUUUGGAACAUUACUAAUAUAAGUGGACGGUCAUCCCAGCUGAGGAAAUUACUGGACAGCCAUAGAGGACAGAUUUAACAAAUUCUCCCGUUGACCACUGAAAGCGUAGGUGCUGCCAGUAGCCCCACCAAAGAGCAGGAUGUGCCAAUUUCCAUCUACCGGUCCAACCGUGACCAUCUUGUUGCUAGUCAACCUAGCAACAAUUCUGACCGUUACCUCAGAUCAGAAGUUUAACGAAGCCCACUACGAACGUCUGCCUCCUGGUUACUCCUAUGAUUACCUUCAGGCGUCUCCAACAGAACAAUUCUCCACAUCGCGAAGUCUACUGGAGUGUUCCGGCCUCGCUCUAAGCAGCAAAUCAGAAUUCUUUUCUUACAACAAAGACAGCCAUGUUUGUAAGAAUUACUCACCGAAGAAUAUUAUGACAGUCGUCAGAGGAAACGAUAGCAACGAGAUUUCCUACUACAGAAGUAGUGAAUGGAUUAAAACUUAUGCCAUAUCAAUGGGAGCAAAUUCGUUAAUCUAUAAUUCCAUACUCAAUAUAGGAAGUCCUUCAACUUGGAAUGUGGACAAAUGCAAUGGUAUCCAUUGUCCAAAUUUCUUCCGACAUCCAAUACUCGAUAUCUGGAAGAGUCUUCCAAUUUAUCAGGUGAAACUUGUGUUAUACAAAAAGGAAACAGCCGUAGUAACAAUGGUGUUUAAUGGACGAAAUACAACUCUUGAAAACUGGUUCUCUGCUAAAAACCUGAAAAGUUCCCCAUGGGACGAUCUGGCAACGAGCUCCCAUAAUUAUUUCUCAAUGGCGGGCGUUGUAAAGAUCCGCCGAUUCUAUGUGUCAGCUUUUCAUAACGCAUGUCCCGGAGAUGCCGGCUGGUUGUCUAUUAAUGAAAAAUUCCAUGUAUGUGGUUGGGAAAGAUCAAGCUAUUUCCCUGCGAUCAUAUACUCCAACACAAAGUCGAAAACCAUAUGGUAUAACGGAUAUGGAACAGCUGAUUCCAUGGCCAUAUUCAUUCGAAUGAAAUCGAACUAAUAUCGAUCGCAGGAUAUCCACACCAAGCGCUAUUCUGAGUGUUAACUGUUGUUGUUGUUGCUAUCGGCCGAUCCCAAGUCGACCACCACCAAUGCUCACAAUUCAACUGAUCAAUGCCACCCCACCCACAC